AUGAUCUUAGUUCAGCCACAAGCUGGCGAGCGGAAAUCCGCGGCGACAAUCGCGAAGCCAGUUGUAAAGCAGAGCGCAAAGGUUCCCGUAAAAGCGCAGAUCAACGAAACCAGGACAUCGGUCUCGACUGGCUUGAUACCAAAGCCACUCUCGAAACACUCCGCGGAUACAGUCGACAUCGAGGAGGAAUCCGCCAGCUAUCAAGAUGCCGCAGACGCAGACGCCGUAAUGCAGGAUGGAGGGGAGGCCUCAGACGGCGAGCCGACAUUACUAACAUUUGGCGACCUCGUCCGGGGCAACUCGACUGUCGAUAUACAGCAGCGCCCGUCGGCCCCAAUCAGCGCGACCUCGCUCGGCACCAUCCUAAACCAAGCGCUUCGAACAGACGACGCCGACCUACUCGAAUCUUGCCUUCAGACGACCAAUGUCAAAGUCAUAGAAAACACCAUCAACCGUAUAGAUUCCUCGCUAGCCGGCAUCCUCCUCUCCAAGCUCUCGGCUCGUAUGCACCGCCGGCCGGGCCGCGCCUUUGGGCUCAUGAGGGCGCUGGUCUCGCAGCUAGACCUUGUCGCGCGGCUAGGCGAGCUCAGCCGCGUUUUAGAGGAGCGCUCGCGGGGCUUGUCCAGUUUGUUAGCGCUCAAGGGGAAGCUGGACAUACUAUAUACACAGAUGAAGUACCGAAAGUCCAUCAAAGCGGCAGGCUCUAGCCAGAGUCGCCUCGGGGAGGAGGAAGAGUCGAGCAAGGAGGAGGAGGAAGACGCGGACGAGCCUAGGAUUGUCUACGUCGAGGGCCAGGAGAGCCUCGGCAAGGGCGCUCUCACCAAUAGGACGGCCGCCGGGGGCGUUGUAGACGACGAUAACGACUUCCCUGCCGGGACAGCGGUAAUCUCAGAUUCCGAGGAAGAGUCGGAGGAGGAAUUUAAGGGGGACAUAGAGGAGGAGUUAGCGGACGCAGAAUCACUCGAUAAGGACAAGGUCGACUACGACGACGUAGAGGAGGACGAAGAGGAAGAAGAGAGCGAGGAUAAAGAGGCUCAGCCGCCAGCCAAGGUCCGCAGGACGUCGGCGAAGAUUUCAAAACGGAAGUAG